AUGACUUUUACCAACGAAAAACCCAUUUUAGAACUUCCUAUUAUAGGAUUACAAGAAGUAGCAGUCAAGAAACUUUAUCUGUCACCCAAUAACACUUCCGAAUCCGACCUUAAAGACAUUCAAAAAGAAAUAAGCACUCUUAAAGAUCUAAGAAAUAGGCAUAUUAUUCAAUAUUAUGCAGUUUAUUCUAGUGACCAAGAAUUCUUUAUUAUCAUGGAUUAUGCCGAAAAUGGAUUAGCCUAUAUUCAUCAUAAGAAUAUUAUUCAUCGAGAUCUGAAAAGUAUGAAUAUUUUGCUUGACAAACAUUUUCAAGUAAAAAUAUCUGAUUUCGGAUUAUCGAAAACCAAAAUAAUUGGUUCCUCUCAAUCUAAACACGAUGCUGUUGAAAUUGCUGCUAAAUGCACCAUUCCUUUUAAAGAAUUUGACAAUAAUUCAGUAAUGUUCAAAAUUGUUUUUAACAAUGUAAAAGAAACCAUACCAAACACAAACAUACUUGAAGUAAUUGAUAAUGAAAGGUUAAACUCCCAAAUCACUUCAUCAGUAGCCCAAUCGGAUCUCAAGAAUCCCCUAAAUUACAGUAGUGAAGAAAUAAGUAAUAAAAAAAUUGAAUGUCCUGAGUCCUUAAAAGUAAUUAACUUCCUAGAGGAUGACCAAAAUAGUCAAGAAUGGCAAUCUCAAAUUCAAAUCCCACCUAAAGGAAAUAAUUAG